AUGCUGCCCUCGCUCGUCCUUCCCUCCACGCUCCUUUUCUCUCUCUGGGCCCCCGCUGUCCUCGCCGGGAAUGUCACAUUUGGCGAAGCAUGCGACCCCGCCCACCAGAAGCUCCAGGAGGGCACCUUCCAGUUCCAGACCGACUGCGAUUCCACCACCUUCUGUGCCCGCAACUCGACUUGCGCUCACCGAGGAUGCCGCGUCGACACCUUCCCUUUCGGAUACGAUGCCAAGGCUGUCCUCCCCGAUAAGUGCCCUAGGGGCAUGUUUUGCCCGGAUGAACAGGACAACUGCCAGGGCCUCCUCUCGGUCGGGAGCGCAUGCCAGUUCAACCGUGACGACCAAUGCGACGCCCCACCCAACUUCAAGGAGCUCGCCGACACCACCGGAUUCGGCCUGAACGUGAACGGGUCCGUCUGCCUCAAUAACAUCUGCAUGUGGGCGAACGAGACCGCGGGCAACCCCUGCGUCGUCCAAAACACGGCCUACACUGCCUAUGGACCUGACGGAGAGUUUGUGGACAUUGUCUCGCGCGGGAACUGUAAGGUCGGCCUCUACUGCGAUUCCCAGAAGCUACAAUGCAUCCAGGCGAAGAACAUCGGCGAGACCUGCGACGCGGACAAGGAGUGCUUGACGUACAACUGCCUGGCGAAUGGAACUUGCGGUAGGACGACCGACACGCCAAUCAAGGUCGCCACUUGGGUCUACGUUAUCGCCGCCGUCGCUAUUCUUGGUGGUAUGAUUGGUACUCUUGUCGCCCUCUACUUCGUCCACAGGAAGGAUCGCCAGCAGGAACGUGAGAAGCGUGCCCAAUACUGGCGCGAGCAGAACGCUUUCCGCCAGAAUAUCAUGCAAAUGCAGGAGACUGCUCGUCACUCCCUGAUGAGCUAUACCCCAGGUGGAGGUAGCCCCCGAAGCAGCACGUACCACGGCGUUCAGACGGAGGAUUCGCAAGCCCCGAUGCUCAACGCCCAGCAGGCCAAGUCGAGCGGACUGCGCUACUACGUUUCCGACGAUGCUUCACAAGUCGACGACCGCUCCGAGGAGGACCUGAUGAUGCGCCGACGCCCCGAACAGAACCGUUUCUGA